UAGCCAGAUCGUAAAGCCUAUUCUCGAUAGUGCAUAAACUCAUUAUUACACGCAAUGGCCGACGCAGCGUCGCACGCGGCGGGCCUGAUAGACCUGCUGUCGAAGCUCCAGUCGCGGUUAUCAACCAACGAGCUCGGACGGGCGCAGCAGCAUCUCCAAUGGCUGCAGGCCAUCAAGGGCUCGUCCACGUCAGCAGACGAAGCGUCGCUUGCGGAGGGCGAGCUCCGAGAGAUGAGCGGGGAGGUGGUGAGCAGCAACCCGUACAGCCGGCUCAUGGCUCUCCAGCGCAUGGGCAUCGUGCACAACUACCAAGACAUCCGAAAGUACACCAUCGCCGUUGUGGGCGUGGGUGGUGUGGGCAGCGUGGCGGCGGAGAUGCUGACGCGGUGUGGCAUUGGGCGGCUGCUGCUGUACGACUAUGACAGCGUGGAGCUCGCCAACAUGAACCGACUCUUCUUCCGCCCCGACCAGGUGGGCAUGACCAAGACAGACGCUGCAGUGCAGACGCUCAAGGGCAUCAACCCGGAUGUGGGACUCGAGAGCUACACCAUCAACAUCACGACAGUGGAGGGCUUUGAGCGGUUUACAGCGAGUCUCACGCACCCCUCGGACCGCAGCAAGAGUCGUGUGGACCUGGUUCUGUCGUGCGUUGACAACUACGAGGCCCGUAUGGUCGUCAACCAGGCAUGCAACGAGCUGAAGCAGGUGUGGAUGGAGUCGGGGGUGUCGGAGGACGCAGUAUCGGGCCACAUUCAGCUGCUCAUUCCAGGAGAAACCGCCUGCUUCGCCUGUGCACCUCCUCUGGUGGUGGCGUCGGGCGUGGAUGAGCGCACGUUGAAGCGUGAGGGCGUGUGUGCAGCGUCGCUGCCCACCACCAUGGGCAUCGUGGCGGGGCUGCUCGUGCAGAACUCCCUCAAAUUCCUCCUGCGCUUCGGAUCCGUCACGCCCUACCUUGGCUACAGUGCGCUCAAGGAUUUCUUCCCCACCAUGCGCAUGCUGCCCAACCCACACUGCUCCAACGACAUGUGCCGCAAGAGACAGGCCGAGUAUGAGGCUGACAGGCCCCAAAGAGAGGCAGCCAAGGCAGCAGCGGACGCGGCAGCAGCAGAGGAGGAGAAGCUCAAGGAGGCAGUGCCGGUGCACGCUGACAACGAGUGGAGCAUCAGUGUGGUGGAUGAUGAUGCUCCAGCGUCCACUGCUGCAUCGACAUCAGCAGGCGAUUCAGCAGCGGCGCCGCCAUCAUCUUCGCAAGCAGAGCAGCUGCCAGAGGGUCUCCUGCGCUCCUUGCCACAAGCGGAUGAGGCGGCCCCUACUGGAGCAGCGGAGGAUGUGGUAUCGGUGCCAGCCGAGGCAGAUCUGGACGACCUGCAAAGCCAGCUCGCCGCGCUAAUGGGCACUAAAUAAGGGUGUUUCCUUGAUUAGACUGGACAAGUGAAGGUGGUGAAGGAAGGUGCAGUAUUUUGACUCUUGCACGAACAAAUAUAUUGGCACGUUAUUAUUUGUCUAAGUGCUAAACGUGUGUGUGACUAAGCUUAUAAGAGACAUCUUCGCGGAG